GCAUGGCGGCGGCGCGCGCGCGGCCCCGCCCCCCCGCGGCCUGGUUGCCACGGUGACGGCGGCGGCGGAGCGGUGCCAUGUCGGAGCUGGGCUCGGAGGAGUCCGAGGAGUCCGAGGCCCCGGCGGACUUAGGGGAAUAUGAUGGUGAGCGCAAUUCAGAAGGUGAACGACACGGCCGUGGAAAAGCACGACUACCCAAUGGCGAUACAUACGAUGGAGAAUAUGAACAUGGUCUCAGAAAUGGACAGGGGACCUACAGAUUUACAAACGGUGCUCGCUACAUUGGAGAAUAUCGUCAAAAUAAAAAACACGGCCAGGGCAUUUUUUUUUAUCCAGAUGGAUCAAAAUAUGAAGGAGACUGGGUGGAUGACCAGAGACAUGGCUAUGGAGUUUAUACCUAUGCAAAUGGAGACAGCUAUACUGGAGACUGGUUUAAUCACAAUAGGCAUGGGCAAGGUACGUACGUCUACAAAGACACUGGAUCUAAGUAUGUUGGUGGUUGGAUAAAUGGAAACCAGGGAGGAGCAGCUGAACUUAUCCACCUAAACCACCGUUUUCAGGGCAUUUUUUUGAAUGGAAAUCCUAAAGGUCCUGGCAAAUAUGUCUUUGACAGUGGAUGUGAACAGCAUGGUGAAUACAUAUACUCAGAGCAGGCUAAAGAGGAGGAAGAAGAAGAGGAGGAACACCCAUACUCAUUACUCAUUGUCCCAAAAUGGAAAGCAAUGGAUAUUACCAAAGUAACACUCUGGACACCCAGUGUGGAACAACCACCUUCUCCCACAGAAGCCCCCCAAGUAGCAGCACCAGCAGAAGCAGCAGAGGAAGAAGUGCCAUCAAGUGCAGUCACUGAUGAAUCUGCUAAGGGUGGGGAUGAUGAGCCUUCUCCUCAUGAAGUAUACAGCGAAGCUUUGAGCCCAGCAAAGGAGGCAGAAGAGGAAGAGGAAGAAAGAGAGGAAGAAGAAAAAGAAGAUCAGGAGGAUCAAGGUUUCACAAGACUGAGUUAUAGUAAGAGGAAAUGAUUAGAAGAAAAUAUGCAUUGUCCCAUAACCAUCACUUUUUCCCCCUGCACAGAAUCGAAGGAAACAGAGGAACGGGAUACAACUAAAGAGAAAUAGAGCCAAAAAAAAAAAAAAGGAAAUUUCAGAGUAAAUUGUCUGGUAUGAUAAACCUGUAAUAAUUUUAUAACUAAACAGCUCUGUUAAGAUAUUUUGAAUAAAAAUUUCUGUCACUGUUC